AGCGACCUGGUUAAGCAUGAAGAGUCCGACUGGCCUGCGCUGUCUGGUCCAUUUCUGAAGGACAAUUCAAAUCUGUCACGAUAUUGAGCGCUCCCUCUUGGGCCUGUCUGUCUUUUUUCUUCUCCAUGCUUGCUCUUCUUCUCAACGUGGAAAGAGAGAAAAGAAGCCAGCACCGCAGCGAGGACAGACAUUCACUGUGUUGUUAAGAUCUGGACGACAUGGACUCCACAAACAGCACCCUCAACUCAACCUUCACGCCUCUGACUUUCACAGAUUCUCUCACAUCGUCCAAUAUUUCCAGUUCGGUUUACCCCGCCCUUCAUCACCCGCUCCCCACCAUCAUCGUCACCGUCUGCCUGUUCCUGGUGUUCGGAGGGUGUGUGAUCGUCCUGGCGACGUGCCACUGCUCGGGAAGAUCUGGGGCGUGUGACGGGGGAUGCGCAGCAGGAGAAAGCGAAUACGACGGACAGACGUCGUCCAGCGAGCCUCAGCUGAAGCUCUGGAAGCGACUCGGAUCUGGACGCUACUCGUUUUCCUCGAUCCCGUCCUUCCGGAGAACUCCUCAGCGCUCUGCCUUGACCAAAUCUAAGUUGUCGUUUCAGCUCGAGCAGGACAGGAACGAACUGCAAGCACAGCUGACUAUACCGUGCUUACUCCAAUAUGCUACUGAGAUAUAAACACUAAACACAACUGUAACACACAAAGUGCGAAUAAAAUUAACAAUUCGGCAUAGAGGCAAUUUCAUAUCUAGAACCAAACUCAAGGUCCAGGAGUCAUUCAACUAGCCUAGGCCCGUGAUUAGAGUUUAUUUAGCGCAGAAGGUCAACGUUAAUUAUGGCAUUUAGGUUGCAUUUUUUAGUGAAUUUUAACAACUAAGAGUCUAAAACAUGUCAUCCUGUACACAGUCUAGCGGCUUGUCUUGUGGUUUUUAGAUGUACUUUUGUUCAAUACAAGCAGGUGUGUUUCCUGUUGAGGCACACAGAAGGGUGAUAUCAUUCAUCAGAGUUGCCAGGUUUCUGCACUGAAAUUCGUUAAACCUUUCUUUUUCUCGUUAUUGUGGUGCAUAAACGAAUUUCAGGCAUGUUUAAAUAUUUGUAAUUAGCCACUCCAUAGUCUCUCUUCCCUUCUCUUCAUUUUUAGCAAUAUAUCUUACAAUAGAAAUGGUUCUGUUUGUCUGUAUGACACACUGUCUCCACUCACACUUUGCCUCGUAGAAAUGUAUACGAUUUUAUUCAAAUUAUUUUUAAAGAAAACAGAGAUCUUGGCAGUCUGCUGAGUCUAAGGCUCCUCCCCCAGAGCAGGGGGCAGGGUGUUUCCCGCCCAAGUGGGCCUCUAUUAGUCCGACACAUUAAACGAACCAAAUUGAACGAACUGAAAUGAAUUCAUUACUUGAAAUAUGCGAUAAGAUUUCUUAAAACAGGGUUUUGCUUUUUUAA